AUGCUGGGAGCAAUACUCUUCAACAUCCUCGUCAUCACCACCAUCCUACGUGUACGUAGUCUGAGACAGAACCAUCAUAACAUGUUGGUCCUCAACCUAUCUGUGGCGGAUCUUGGUGUAGCGCUGACCAGUAUGACGUUCUCAUUGGUAUCUGUCUUUGAUAGUGGACAUUUCUUAACAACACAUGACGGAGUGUGCAAAAUGAACGGAUUCUUCUCCAUCAUGUUCUCCUUCACCAACUUUGCCGUCAUUCUCUCCAUCGCCACUGACCGUCUCCUCAUCGUCGUUCUAUCGCGGCGUUUUCCUCCAAAUCGACGUCGUAUCUAUGUGAUGGUCGUCGCGUCCUGGCUCGUAGGAAUCGGCAUCGCAUCCAUCGCGGCGGCCGGUUUCCUGAUCGACUACGAAUACGACGAAAGCACGAAACACUGCACUCGUCUCUGGGAAAGCGACAUUUUCCGGAUCAGCUGCAGUGCUUUUUAUCUAGGAUUAACCAUCCCAGGUCUGAUCGCCAUGUACGUCAUCAUCGCUUACUUCAUUCGGAAGAAGGGCUUGAGUCUUCAAACAACAGGAAGACGUUUGUCAGAUUCGGCUGAAAACGACGGAGACAUCAGCGCCAGUACAGAGGCACACAGCGCCAGGAACGUCAACGCAACUAGAACGGACAAAAGGGUCACGAUGAAACGUCGACGUCAACGACAUGAAUCCCAUAAACGUGUCAUUCUCAUGGGUAGGUAG